AUGGGUCUGUUUCUCUCCAAGCUAAUGGAUGUAUUCUCACAGUUUUCUCAUGAUCACGCCAGGAUUUUAAUGCUGGGCCUUGAUGCUGCAGGUAAGACGACGAUACUAUACAAAAUCAAGCUGAACGAGAACGUGCACACGAUCCCAACUAUAGGGUUUAACGUGGAGACGGUAAGCCCGUGUAAGGGCAUCUCUUUCACAGUAUGGGACGUUGGCGGUCAGGACAAAAUCAGGCCUCUCUGGGCACACUACCUCCAGAAUACUGAAGGGUUGUUGUAUGUAGUAGACAGUGCUGACAGAGAACGUUUGGAAGAGGCCAGAUACGAAUUAUCCACAAUCCUGGAGAGUGACGAGAUGAGAGACGUACCUGUCGUGGUCAUCGCUAACAAACAAGAUCUGCCAGGGGCUAUGAGAACUUCAGAAAUUGCCGAUGGACUUCAUCUCACGAAGAUGCGGAAUCGCAAGUGGUACAUCCAUGGAGCAUGCGCAGUGAAUGGUGACGGAAUCUACGAAUCAUUGAGCGAAAUGGCCAGUCUUGUAAAAGAAUUUAAAAAGUCUCAUAGAGGGCACUGAUAACUUUUUUCCUUGGGCAGACAUUGAUUCGAAUUUUGUCAACAAACUCCAGGCGUUACUAAAGAUCUUUCCCAGCACUGAAAGGGGAGCCUCCCGCCUUGUCCAGCUAGUGCACUCAGCCAUGCGAAAAUUAGACUGUCAAAGUGGCAUGGUGACACCGCACCGCUAGACUGACCCAUACACAACUCAUAAUAUGGAUAUUCUUUCAUCUGUGUUUUCCCCCUAAAUCUGUGUUCCCACCGUAAAUCUGUGUUUCCACCGUAAAUUCCACACAGAAAGGCUUUGUUAAGCUAUGAAAGUAAUCAGUAUACUUUCAGUAUUACUAUGCAGCUUUCUUUUGGAUUCCAACAUUAUGAGAGGAACCAUGCAUUUGUGAUGUAUACUGAUAUAUUCUUACAAAUGAAUUUCCUACCUUUGUAAGCCAAUGUGAUCCAUGCAUUUGUGAUAGACACUGAUAUGUUUUCACAAACGAAUUUCCCUUUGUAGACAAUGCGAGCCAUGUACUUGAGAUACAUAGUGGUAUAUUCUCACAAACGAAUUUCUCUUUGUAAGCCCAUGUGAUACAUAUUUGUGAUACAUACUGAUAUUUUUUACCAACUAAUUUCCCUUUGUAAACCAAAGCGAACAAUGUAUUUGAGAUACGUACUGAUAUAUUCUCACCAACGAAUAUCACUUUGUAACCCAGUGUACUGUAUGUAAUAGGCCUACCUCUGAGUUUCUGAUUCUUCUGUCACCAGAAAAGAAAGUGUUUUAACAUAUUAGGCUACAAUUAAACGAUUGCAUGCAUUCUUAUUCUGUUACAUAACUCACUUAACUCUAUUUACAUAUGAAUUCUUGUGUUGUUAUGAUUAUAUUUUUGUACGGAAAAAAUACAAACCCUAGUU